CUGUCCCGCCCACGGCAGCUGCUGCUCAAUCUCCGAGCACGUUGUAUGCAUCCAUAACCGGCGAGGCGCGCACCCCCCGCUCGGACAAAGAUGUCGGAACGCGGCGAAGAUGAGACGCGAAGGCGGCGUGGGCGGGACUCGGCGGAGGAAGCCGCACCACCCCUGACAUUGACGGACCUCGCAUCGUCCACCACGACGUACCCUGAUGCUGGUUUCGGUGGUGUUGGUGGUGGUGGUGUAGGAGGUGGAGCUACCGGGAUGCAGGGAGAAGGCGACAGAGAGGAGGAACAUAGAGGUCUUCUUCAAAGGCUUUUUUCGAGAGGACAUCCAGACGAGGCCGUGCAGGAGCAAGACGAAGCAGCGACUUACCACAGUGGCCGAGAGGAGAUCUAUAUGGGUACAUUUGGGAGGAGCAGUAGUUCAAGUGGGAGCCCGCCUCAACUGCCCAGGCCGGCCAUGUUUCCAUCUUCUUCGCCAGCUUCCUCGACGACGACACCACCACUGCCCAGCAGCGCAGGUCAACCCAGCGGCGCAUCGUUGCCUUCGAGCAAGCGAAAGCGCGAAGAUCCUCUCGAUCCAAGGGCACACUGGGCCGGCAAUGACGUUGCAGCAGGUCCAGCAGGGCCAGCUCGUCUUUCUGUGCCCCCCGUCGUCGCGUUGACGAGGGACAGAAAUAUGAGGGAAGCGAGCAGCUCGACAGGCCACAACACAUUUGGCGAUCAUGGCCGCGAAGGAUCCAUCAGCAGCAGCCAGGGAGAGGCAGCUUCCUCGUCCGCCGAAGCCGACCCAGCCUACAACACCACUGGUGUCGACACCACUUCUGCCUCGCGUGAGACGCAGCGGCGCAAUGGCGGAGACGCCGCAAGUGUUGACGAAAGCGGCAAUGUUGGCAGGGGAGAGCGAGGCGGCCUGGGCUUCGUGCCCUUGCAGAGAGUGUGGACGCCCGAGCAAGAGGAGCAGCGGAUGGAGAGACGUCAAGAGGAGCAGAGACUAUACAGACAAUCGCUCUCCAGCGAUUCGAAUGUCGGAUCCCAGCCCGUCAUAGGCCAGGCGCUUCGGCCCACCUCGGCAUCAUCCUCGAGAGGCCUCUCGACUGCCUCGGACGAGCGAAGAAGGACGCCAAGCUCACUGACGACUGACCGGCAGAGCAUCAACGGUCGCAAUCGGCUCAGCUCAACUUCGCGAAAUGCGGACGCAGUCGUCGCGGCAGUAGACCCGGCUGCCAUUCACAAAACGAGGAGCCGCACAUUCAGCGAGCCCAAGAGUGUCUUGUCUUCCUCAACAGAUGGCAUGACGAUUUCUGCGCCCGCGCCCGCAUUGGUGGCCCCAUACGGCCCUACACUUUCCUCGUCAGUCGCUGCGUUUGGCGAGCAAGGGCCACAUACGCCUGUGUCGCUUUCCGCACCCGCACAGGGACACGCUCGAGUCACAUCAUUGCCCUCGAGCAGACCGCCGAGAACGAGCUUUCAAGAGCCGAGAGAGGGCACACCGAGAUCGCCGAGAGCAGGGCGAACGCAGACGCAAAGCUUUGGGGGCGGCCAGCAUCGAAGGUCAUCGUCGAUUCUCAAACGCGAUCCAUUGUCUGCUCAGCAAAGUCCCCCGAUGACAAAAUAUUUCAGCAGUGGCGAGACGGGUUUCAGAAUGUCGUCGAUGGACGCUGUCACGACGCCUGGCCUGACAGCAGCGACGUCAGAGAGACCGUCGUGGAGUACCAUGCUGACGCAACAGGCCCGCGCCCAAGCGUCCUACCACCUCGCUGCUCUCUAUGCGCUCCAGCCUCGCUUCCCACCUCGCCACUCGUCCCUCUACGACUCGAUCAAGUACGAGACCUUUUGGCCCAAGCUCCACCAUCGCCUGCUGCUGCUCUUUACCUACUUGCACGUACCUACCACUAUCUUUCUCGACUUUAGCGCUCUAUAUGCGCUCGUAGAGGUUGCAAAAUACCCCGACGCGGGCGAAGACUCUUCGGCGGCGUGGUGGAUUGCCGCUGGAAUCUAUGCUGCCAGCCUGUUGGCUUGGCUCGUUGGUGUUGUCAUCGUCUGGGAGGUCGUCUACCAGUACAGAUCGAAAGGAGCAGCUCGUGCUGCUUCUUCGUCCGCGUCCGACCCAAGCAAAGCGGCAUCGACAGCCUUUGUCACGCCCGUCUAUCUUUCGGCACCAGCCUUUACGCUGACGGCCGUUGAGUCGCUCGGCAAGUACUCGUUGCUCUUCAAGACCAGGUUUGCUGCGAGUGGAAGAGAUCAACUGAUCGAGACGUUUUGGUUCUAUUCCCAAAACUGGCCUACGGUUGUCACGCUCUUACCCCGUGGUAUCAUCCUGACGGUCUUUUUGGUCCUCUACCACCCUGGUCAAGACUCGGCGCGGCCGCCAACGUCGAUGCGGGACGACACAUACUUCGACUCGGCAUCGGGUCUCCUCACACGUUUCAGCUACGUCUUGCUCCUCAUCAACGUUGCCUGGAUGCUCUGGCGCCUCGUCAUUGUACUCGGCUGCUUUUUGGGGCUUUUCUUUACAACAGGAUUGCGAUCGCUGUUCUCGACGAACAUCUUCAAGAGGGAAGAGGAAACAGCGUUGCAGCCACAGAGCACAUCGAGUCGAGCCCUGCUCAUGGGCGCCUCACAAAGCGAACAGGAGGUCUCGGCCUGGACCUCGGCGCCACGGAUGGACACCGCUGCCGCAGGGGAAGGGCAGCGAAGGUCAAGCCAGGGUGCAAGGGAAUACGAGGCGAUCGGAUUAGAUGAGGAGGCAGCUGUGGCCAAUGAGCAGGAGAUGCAGGAAAGAGCGGCAAAUGCUCGACGGAAGAACAGCCACAAAUUCUCGCGGCUCCAACCCGAGCGCUUCACUACGCAACACGAGUAUGUCUUUAAGCCCGAGGCGUGGAAGGCUAGGGCCGAGGACCGGAUCAGGAACUUGCUCUUGCAAGCAGAGGAGGCGUCCGGAGUAGGCGGCGAGGAGGACGGCAUGAUGAUGAUGGCUGGCACUUUCUCUCCUGCGACACCUACGCCCCCACCUAUCAUGGUCAGUGCUGGUCCUGGAGGCAUUCUUUCCAGAUCGCAACUGUCAGAUGACCUGUUGAGGACAAGGCGAAGAACCGGGACGGGAGCAACAGCGACAGACAUGGAGGAGAGGAGGAGGAGCUACCUGAGUGGAGAGAUUGGGCCGCCUACAACGGUCGCGACGACGCCCACGCCACCGGCCACAAAUACGCCGAGCGCUUCUGCUCCCGCCCUGUCUCCCUUUCCUGGACAGGUAGGCGCGGUUUUCGUGCCAUCGAUGACGCCUUCUUCCAACUACAUUGAGCAGCUUGAAUCGCCCGUCACCCGAAAUUCGCAAGAGGAACGCUUUCGGGACUCUGUGGCCUCACCCUCGUACCCUUUUCCUACGACAGCGGCAGCUUCCUCCGUGACCGUCAUGGCGACUGACAGUGGUGUCUCGCAUGGCAAGCAGCACCCUGGCAGUGUUGACCACUUGGAAUCUGGACGAUCGAUGGGCGAAAGCGGACCGUCAACAAGCCAGCCGAUGGCCUCCACUCCACCCUCAAUGCACCAAGGCUCCCCCGGCCCGCAGCUUGCUACCGCUACACCCAUUUCAUCCCCUUCCAUGCUUGCCGAAGGCUUGACAGGCGAAAAGGCCCGGGCCGAGUCACCAACGUCGACGUCAUCCUCCUCGGAAGACAGCGAGGAGCAGCGUCUCUGGGCCACUUUCCCAGAGCAGUCAAGACGCCACCCUCCUGGGCUGAUUGCGCUCGAGCUGGAAGAACAGCGGCGCGCAAGGCUUGAGCAGGGCAGCAAGGAAAAGGUCCCCGCAAUCUCCGAAGACGCGGAGACGCCGCGAAAGGCGCCAAAGGACGACGGUGCUGGUUCGGGAGCAGCGAAAGCAGCAGCAACACCCACAGGCAGUGGCGGCGGUACCGCAACAGAGAGGCCAGAAGAGACACUCUUGCCAAUCAAGGAGGAGAGCUGGGGUAGCUCUUUGGACGAGAACGUGUCGGCGGCGGCCAGCUCUGCAGAGAGGUAGCCAACCGUAGCCGUCCAACUUCGAUACCCCCUGACACAGACUAAUUCUCAUCUAAACGUGCUACGCCAUGCUCGCAUACGCACGCAUGCACGCAACUUCACCUGCUCUUUUUCUUCUCUUCCCCGUCAGGGAAGG